GAUAAUGAUAAUGAUAAUGAUAAUUAUCAUGAAUUGUUACUACCGGAACUACUUAAUGAACCUCCAUCUCCAUUGUUGGGAUCAUUAAAUCAACUGCAAUUGCUUCAAUCUGUUGUAUUAGGCCGAUUCCCUAUUAAUAUUCAUGAAUUUGAUAUUAAUAUUAAGAAAUCAACAGAAGAAUCACCAUUAGAAUAUUUAACGCAAAAGAAUCAAUUCUUAACUAAUGAAUUAUUUAGUAAUAUAAGAAUUCAUAAUAAUCAUUUAUCAACGGGAGAUGAAAAUCUUAAUCGAAUAAGAAAUAUGAUUGGACAAGAUUUUGAACAAUUAUCAGAAAAUUAUUAUUCAUUAAAUGAAAUUUAUAAUAAAGAUAUAACUUAUACAGAAUCCUUAUAUUCUAGUUUUAAGAAAUGGGAUAAUAAUCGAUUGAAAAUAUUAUCGAAAAUUCAAAAUAUUAAGAGUAUUAAUAAUAAGCAUGGAGCUAAAUUAGCCGGAUUAUUAGAUGAAUCUAAUGCAAUUGAUGAAGAAAUAUCUCAAUUAGAAGCUCAAUUACGUUCUUUAACUCAAAAGAAGAAUGUUAUUAAUAAAGAAAUUCAAGUAACAACCUCUGUUUUAGAAAGUAAAACUUCUAAAUAUGUUAAUAUGUUUAAAUCUUUAGAAGUUCAAGGAAGAGAAGCCGUACAAUUAUUACUUCAAGCUAAUGGUAUACCUGAAACUGAACUGGAAUCUGUAUUAAAGUUUACUCCUGUAAAGGUUACAUUUUUAGAUAAUUAUAAAUCAGAAUCCAAAUCGGUAUUUACCCCUACGCCUCCUCCCCCACAACCAGAAGCAAAACCAGAAGCAAAACCAAAACCAACACCAAAACCAAAAGCAGAACCUAUAGGAAUGCAGCCAUUCAUAAUUCCCGAACCUGAACCACAACCACAACCACUGAAAAUACCCAAAGAAACCCAAGCAGAAUGGAACCAUGGCCAUGGACCAACUGCAUAUGAAAAGGGAUUUGCCGAAGGAACUCAACUGUCAAUUAAACUUAAGAAUAAAUUAAAUUCUGUUAUUAAACUUCUCUUAAAAUCAUUACCAAGAACCGAUAGUCCAGAAACUGUACCAUCAGAAAGAAUUCCACUGUAUGAUAAUCCUAUUAUAGAUGAUAAAUCUAAUACUGUUACAGAAAAGCUUAAUCUUGAACCUAUUUUCAAAUUAUUACAUCAUAAAUCUGAAGCAUUAAAUGAUUUAUUACUAUCUACAUCUCGUAAAGCAACUAUAUAUCAUGAAUAUAGUAUUGCUUGGAAAGAUAUAAUAGCCAUUUUAAAAUCUCAAGAACAGAAUUUCCUGUUUCAAGUAUCGAAUUCUGUAAGUAAUUCUGAUCAUUUAGCAUCAAAUGUUUGUCAAACAUUAACCAGUACUAUUAAUCAGACUGUUACAGUUGUACGAGAGUUUAAGAAUAUCUUAAAUGAUAGUAGUACUACUACUACUAAUCCCUUUAAAAUAGUAGUCAAUAAUGAAUUGGAGACUAUACUUAAAGUGCUUCGAUUAGUUUGUAAGGAUAAUAAGUAUGAGAGAGAAGUAACCGAAUUGACUAAUCAACUUAAACUGAUAGGGUUAGUAUGAGUAUAGUAUAUAAUAUAGG